AUGCAUUCACACCUUCAUGUCACUCACGGCAGCGCAAAAGGCAAAAUGGCCGCACGCCCGAAAUGUGUGUGACACACGGUGACACUCCGAAAGGUGUUGUGUUUGUGUCAAUCGGUCCUCGUUAGUGUCGUUUCUGUGCAAAUUCCUUUGAUAUCGAAGUGACAGUGAUCGUUACAAGUUCUCCAGUGAUUUCUCAGGACGCAAAUCGACGUAUUCUGUCACCAGGAAAGGAUCGAUUCACGAAGGAUGGACAGUAAAUUUGUCAUAAGAUCAUCGCCUACCCUGGCGCCAGCAGUAAUGCCAACGUAUCACAAUGCGGGUGGUGUCUACCCAAACUUAUCAGCACCAGCCCGCCAAGCAAAACUCGACGGCAACCAAAAUCACCACACCAUCCCUUCAACCAUAACUCAUUCCCUGAUGCAUAGCACCACUCAACAUUCAAAUUCAUCCAGUCUAACUGCUUCCAACAUUCCUUCCCAUCCAGUCUCCCCGAUCAUGGCAACACACACGAACAUUACUUCCAAAAACCUAACUUCACACAUUAAUCCGCUUGCACCAGUCAUCAUCACCUCCAACUCCACAAAUUCUGGCAAUCAUGCUGGAAAUCAUCCUGGCAACAAUAUUUUGCCAGUCAACCCUAGACACGAAGUGAAGCUCAAUGCUAUGCCAUGGUUUCACGGGAAGAUAUCAAGAGAAACAGCAGAAACAUUGUUGCGACCCCGGGAAGACGGUCUCUUCCUGGUUCGGGAGUCGACGAAUUUUCCGGGCGACUAUACGCUCUGCGUUUGCUAUCAGGGGCGCGUGCAACAUUAUCGAGUUAAAUAUAAAAACAAUCAGUUAACAAUAGACGACGAGGAGUUCUUCGAGAACCUGGCGCUCCUCGUCGAGCACUACGAGCAAGACGCCGACGGUUUGUGCACGCAAUUGACGAAAUCGCUGCCAAAACAGGGCAAGCAGGACUUUUGCGUGGAUCCACAGGCCUUUGUGCAAGCUGGCUGGGUCAUUCAGACCGACGAGUUGGAAUUGCGUGAGUGUAUUGGGAAAGGGGAAUUUGGCGACGUUCUUCUCGGUUAUUAUCAGGGCGAAAAAGUCGCUGUGAAGAAGCUGAAGGACAACAGCGAAGCAGCACAAAGAUUUCUGGCUGAAGCGAGUUUGAUGACCUCCUUGAUUCACGACAAUUUGGUCAAGCUUCUUGGUCUCGUUUUCAACAAUCAACAUAUGUACCUGGUCACAGAGUAUAUGAGCAACGGAUCCCUGGUGGAUUAUCUCAGGUCACGGGGAAGGUUGCACAUCACCCAGAGGCAUCAAAUCAAUUUCGCUUAUGAUACUUGCGCUGGAAUGGCAUACUUGGAAUCUAGACACGUCGUGCACCGAGACUUGGCUGCAAGAAACGUCCUCGUAGCCGAGGAUGGAACUGCAAAAGUCUCAGACUUUGGCUUGGCACGAGAUGAAAAUUUCAGCCUUGAUGGCGGAAAGCUUCCGAUAAAAUGGACCGCACCCGAAGCUUUAAAGCACAACAAAUUCUCUAAUAAGUCUGACAUGUGGAGCUUUGGAAUUCUCCUUUGGGAAAUUUACUCCUUUGGUCGCGUUCCAUAUUCCAGAUUGCAAUUGGCGGACGUUGUGAAGAGCGUGGAAGAGGGCAACAUAAUGGAAGCACCUGACGGAUGUCCGCCAGACAUCUAUGAGAUCAUGAAAAAGGCACUUUUUCGCGCUUUCAGACAUUCUUUCGCACUUUCAGGCAUUCUUUUGCACUGUCAGGCAUUCUUUUGCACUGUCAGGCAUUCUUUUGCACUGUCAGGCAUUCUUUUGCACUGUCAGGCAUUUUUUCGCACUGUCAGGCAUUUUUUCGCACUGUCAGGCAUUCUUUUGCACCAUCAGGCAUUCUUUUGCACUUUCAGGCAUUCUUUUGCACUGUCAGGCCGAAACAGGUAUGAGGACGAGACGUCGAUCGGCCGAGACAAGACAAUCGGGAAAAUCAAGGGAAUAGGGAUAGCAGAUUGGCCUACUGAGCCUCAGUCGAUUCUCAGGUAUCAAAGAGAGAGCAUCUGUUCGUCGGUGCUGUCAAUUUCUACCACUUAUAUUUUCCUUGCCUUGAUAUGGAUCCUGUACGAGUAA